UUAUCUAUCGGCAUUUCUGUAGGCAACAACAGCUAUUUAUUAGUGAAAUAAACACUGAAGUAGCUUUAAUUUGUUGUUAGAAAUAAUUGUACGCUCACGUGGAAGUAUUAAUAUAAUAAUAUUUCAAAUCUGGAUGUGGAAACAAUGAUCGCCGCUUCUGAACCACUGGAGUUUGUUCCACAUGGAAGAACGGUGUUAUCCAAGCACCCAUGUCAGAUUUACAACAAGGGUCAUAAUGCGUCCGUGUCAGAAAAUUCUCUAUUGUACAAAUUGUCCAACUUUGGCAUAAAAGAUGAGAGUGUAUUGGAGAGUAAAGCUGAACAGGAGUGGUGGUGCAUACGUGAGGUGUUUUACAGAGCUAAUGAUGAAGCAGACGAUUCAGAAGAUUCUCAAAAGGAGCAAAGAUUUGAUUAUUUAGAUUCCUUCCGACCGCCAAGUCGUUUAAAACCAGACUUUAAUGUUUCAAUUAAGUCUGAGAUACUUAGCGGCUUAAGAAAAGACGAUCUAGCUUCUGCCGGUACGUCCAGAGGUGGCAGCGCCAACAGUUCCAGUAAUAUGUCAAAGAAGUUUAAUUUAAAUUGUGCUCAAAAUAAAAGACUGAGAAGGCGACCGUUAAAUCCUAAAACUGAUUGCUUUUAUGAGGAGGAAUUGUACGUGAAAGGAUGCACCGCUGUUUGGUCAAAAGGUUUAACUUCAACACCCGCAAAGAAGUUAUCCGGACCUGAACACAGAGAAACAAUAGCCUGUUAUACCAUAGAAAAUCCCAUUAAACAUGCAGCUUUUGCAGACUUUCACAUAGACAUCAAUAACACUAUGUUGAUUGACGCCUUGAACUCACAAAUCGGCGAUGUGAAGAAGAAUAUUAAAAUAGAAGACACUACAGAACAUAUUAAAAAUAAAAUCAUGCCUUCUAUAGUACUUAUAGAUAGCAAAUGUAUGAGGGUUUACGCUAUUGAUGGUAGAGAAUAUAUAACCAGCAUUCCAUUUCAAGUUAAGAAAAUUUGGCCGAUGAAAUAUGGUAUUCUCUUGGAGAAAGAUGCAACUCCAGUUUUACAUAACUCCAUGUUGCCAGCAUCAUUCUUGAAGUUAAAUGAAUCUCAUAACAGUUCGUAUGCGAAAUCUCGAACAUUUCCAUUUAAUAUGAGCGCUAGAUUAAGAGCUGAAUCGAUAUCUGGUUACGACCAGGAAUAUCCUCUACCAACUUGUUUUUCUUUAUCCCAUCCUUUAGAUGAAGUUACGCCUAUUCUAAUGAAAUCAUCAGCUCAAGGGCUACAAUACUAUAAUGAUGGAGAUUUACAAAUAAUCUUUGUCAGCACAUAUCCAAGUAUCAUUCUAUUAUAUGACUGGAAAUUGCAAACACACUCAUUGUGGAAAAUCAGGAAAGCUGUCAGAGAAGAAUGUUUAGCGAUGUGUCCAAAUAUAAAUUCUACAACAGUUUUUAGUCAAUCGUGUGAUUUUGUCGGGAGUCCUAUGCAUAGCUUGCGUAACACGACAAGUUGGACGGGCGGUAGUCCAUUCCAUUCCAAGAAAGGUCCCUCAACGCCGUCACGGUCAAGACAAAAUAGUCCAAUGGCGAAUGUUUUUCAUCAACAAGGCUUAUCACCUCAUGCUUCGAUAGGUCAAGCCAGUUCGACAUCUAUGAUGGCUAACACAAUGACACAGGCACCGCCAUCCUUGCCUCUGUACCCAGAUAUUUGUUUAGACCACAUUUGGACAGACAGCCAAGUAAUCAGACGAGAUCCAGUGGAAAGUCCGAAUGACAUCAAAGCAUUUUUGCACACCGAUCUGAUUGGACAAAACUAUUUGUGUUUCAUGGUAAAAGUUAGUGGCGUCACAAGAUUACAAAUAGUUAGGUUACAAAAAUCUCAUUCUCAUGGGCAGAUGUCUAAAACAAAUAUUAUAGUUGGGUCAAUAUCCUCCAUUUUGGCUAAAGAUGCAGUAGUUUUGGAACAUUUGAAGAUGAUAGCGCUGAUUGAUGAGCUGGGAAACAUUAUUCUACAGUCUGGAAACAGCUUUGUUGGCAUGGUACAUGUAGGGGGUGUUUUGGCUAGACUGAUAGAUUCUCCAUAUACGAAGCAAUCUACUUUCCAGUCACCAUUUCCAAGACGUAGCAGUUUGUUGCCAACUCGCUGUGAUACAAAUACGUUUGACGAUUCCGCCUUACAUCUUCUAUCGCCAGUACCACAUUCGUCGACUUCUAGGCUAGAACAAAAAGAAAACUUAGGUGUUCGUAGUCUCUGUGACGCGGCGGGGGCAAGACUCAGCGUGUGCUCGGAGGCGGGCCAGCUCUACCGCAUCGCGUUACCCGAGCGCGCCUGCUCGCCGCUCGUGACGCGCUGCUGCGCCGCGCUCUCACACGCCCUGCCCGGAGACGUCACCAUGCAGGUUAUCAUAAAGUGGUACGGCGUAAGAAACGCUCCAGGAACACAAGAUCUAACACCAGAACAAGAAUGGACUAUGUUCUCUAACCUUCUCCUGUCUUUAAUCGGUUAUGACGUGGAAAGACUAUCGCAAAGUCGACAAAAUGAAGACGAACACGUCGAAGUAGUCACAAAAAAACAAAGAAUAUCAAGUGACGGAACACAAGACGACUGGGAAUACUUGCUAAAUUCAAAAAUGCAUAAAACUGUGGGAAGUUCUCUUGCAAGCAUGCUGAAUUUACAACAAACCCAAGCAGAAACAAGACAUUCCAGAACGGCUAAAAAACAAGAGGAUGAUGAGAAACCCACCCAGUUUAACCCGAAUUCUCUACUGUUUCCGUACACUGUGCAAGUUUUCUACGCUUUCCAUUUGGCUUACGAGGAUAUAAAGUUGAACACACUGCUGGCGAGCGAUUCGCUGUCGUUAUCAUCUUUUCUAUACCAAAUAGCUAAAGAUGUUUGCUUGGAUAAAUACGUAAAUCACUAUUGGUUAGAUUUUCCAACGGAAUACAAUUUGGAAUACGAUGAAACUGAGUCACAAAUGUGUGAUGCCGUUUUGAAGAAACUCACUCAACCGAAUUAUUUCCAGACAGAGCCGCCGCAUAUAUUCCAUUAUAUAAAUUCUAUGUUGAAGGAAUUGGAUGUGGGAUAUUAUCCUUUUAUGCAAGACGUUAAUAACAUGUCCAGGGAUAUUAUUGAGAUCCUGGCGACGGCGGGGUGCGGCGCCAGCGCCGGCGUGCGCGUGCUGAGCGGGCGCGAGGGCGCCGCGGCCAGCAGCACGCCGCGCGCGCGCCCGCCCCGCGCGCCCGCGCCCGCGCCCGCCGCCGCGCUGCUGGCGUGCGACCGCGGCAUAACACCUCGAGACAUAGACAACCUGCCGCCAGCGAUAGCGUUGUUACUGGUGACCAUAUUCAGUCGCUGUAAGAACGAUCCACCAGGAGACUGGCCAAUUGAGGCAUACAAUUUAGUCAUGAGAGAAGAUCUUGCUUUGCAGACUGAAAUAGCGGACACUAUCAAGUCUACUGAUGAAUAUAUGGAGUCCUUAGCUCUAGAAGUCUUGGAGAAAGAGACAGCAUACACUCAGCUACCUCAAACGCAACCAGAGCCGGCUCACAAGAAUGAAGACGACGCCAGUACUGGCAUGGAACAUUUGAAUACUAAGCUGUUGAACCUGUUGUAUCCGAAAGACCACCGAAUGACAGAAGUGUUUAAUUUACUUCAAUCCUCCAUCCCAGUGACGAUUAAUCUCACGCAAAGGCCUGAGGUCUCUGAUCAUGACUUUAUUGAGGAACAAGAGAAGUACCUAUACGCUAUCAGCACAAGAACCAUGGCAUUGCCUGUUGGGAGGGGCAUGGCGACGCUGCGCAGCGCGCCGGCGCCGGCCACGGAGCCGCUGGCGCCGCCGCGCCUGUGCGUGUCGGGCCGCGGGCCGCCGCCGCGCCGCUCGGCCGUGGCGCUGGGCGGCGGCGACACGCCCCCGCACUGCCUGCUGUGGCCGAGCUUCCACAACGGCGCCGCGGCCGGCCUGGCGCUCGUGCCCGUCUCCGGCUCCUCCAUCCACGCCAGCUGGAUCGUCUACAACAAGCCGAGGGGGACACAAGACAUGUCAUCAGAACACGCAGGAUUUCUUCUAGCACUGGGUCUCAAUGGUCAUCUAAAGGACAUGCCUUUCAUGAACAUGUAUGAAUAUCUAGUGAAAUGCCAUGAAAUGAUCAGCAUCGGCUUACUGUUGGGACUGGCGGCUACGUACCGAGGAACGAUGGACGUGCAGGCCACGAAGAUGAUGAGCAUCCACCUGGAGCCGCUGCUGCCGGCCACGUCCAUCGAGCUGGACAUCCAGCAGGGCAUCCUGGUGGCGGCGCUGCUGGGCGUGGGCCUGCUGUACCGCGGGACCGCGCACGCGCACUACGCGCAGGUGCUGCUCAACGAGAUCGGAAAGCCCCCGGGUCCAGAACUAGAGAACUGCGUGGAAAGAGAAGGAUAUGCCCUGGCAGCUGGCCUGGCGCUAGGGUUUGUCUGUCUCCGCAGCGGGAAUACCACGCCACACCUCGCACAUAUUGCACCGCGACUGAGGACCUAUAUGCUCGGAGGGGAUACGAAGCCUUUUACCGGUAAGUCGAAAAUUAAAAUAGAUAUCGCCUCAACCUGUCGGUCAGGCUCGAAGGAGCGGCGCGGCGCCACGCUGAACCUGGACGUGACGUCGCCGGGCGCCACGCUGGCGCUGGGCCUGCUGUUCCUGCGCUCGGGCAGCGCCGCGGUGGCCGCCUGGCUGGCGCCGCCGCGCACCGCCUACCUGCUGGACUUCGUGCGCCCCGACCUGCUCAUGCUGCGCGUCAUCGCGCGCGGUUUGGUGCUUUGGGAUGACAUUGAAGCAAGCGAAGAAUGGAUUGAAAGUCAAGUGCCGUCAACAAUCAAACCAUAUUGCUUCGUCAAGCCAACAGAAGACAACAUUGAUUAUGAAGCUAUGAACCAGGCGUACUGCAACAUCAUAGCGGGCGCGUGCUUCGCGCUGGGCCUGCGCUUCGCGGGCUCGGGCUGCGCGGACGCGCGCGACGCGGCGCUGCGCUACGUGGCGCUGUUCCUGCGGCUGGCGGCGCGGCCGCUGGCCGAGCUGGCGGGCGGCUCCACGCUGGAGGCCUGCACCUGCGUGUGCCUGCUGGCCGCCGGCAUGAUCAUGGCGGGGCGCGGCGACAUCCACGUGUUGCGCGUGUGUCGCCGCCUGCGCGCCCGCGUGCCAACCGCGCCGCGCACCGCGCCGCCCGCGCCCGCGCCGCUCACGCACGGCGCGCAGAUGGCGGUGCACAGCACAAUAGGGCUGCUGUUCCUGGGCGGCGGGCGCUGCACGCUGUCCAGUUCGCCCGAAGCUGUGGCUGCCCUCGUCACCGCCUUCUUCCCCAAGUUCCCCACUCACAGCGAGGACAAUAGGUACCACCUGCAAGCGUUUCGCCACUUGUACGUCCUAGCUGUCGAACCCCGUCUCAUCCUGCCACGUGAUCUCGACACCGGAAAAUUGUGCUACGCUUAUAUACAGGUCAUAGAUUUGCAAGGCGUUGUGAAAGAAAUGAAGGCGCCCUGUAUAAUACCAGAACUGAACACUCUUAGGGAGGUCAAAAUAAACGACUCCAGAUAUUGGCCGAUUACCUUCCACAGAGACCACAACUGGGACCAACUCAAGACGUUCCUGCAGUACACGUGGUGCGUGGACGUGAAGCAGCGCGCCGGCCGCCUGCCGCACGCCGCCGACCCGCACGGCUUCCUGUCGCUGCUGGCGCACGCGCUCACGCUGGACCGCGCGCGCGGCUGGGCCGUGGCGCCGCGGGACGUCGAGCUGUUCUCCGGCGACGACAAGGUGCGGAACUUCGUGCGCCAGUACCUGGGCGCGGCGCGGGGCGGGCAGGCUGGUCAGGGCGGGCGGGACGGUCAGGGCGGGCGGGGCGGGCCGUGCGGCGACUGCCGCGAGCGGCGGCGGCGCGCGCCCCGCGGCGAGCCGCCCCCGCGCGCCUGCCUGUGCCGGCCGUACUCGCGCGACGAGCGCGACCACCUGCAGGCGCUCGCCAUGCUGGUGUACGAGUGCGUGCUCAAGGACAUCGUCUGCGCUCUGCCCAUUUGGAUGGCCUUCAUGAAGAUAAUAAAAACGAUGAAAACCGACCCGACAACAUACAACGUGUGGCAGAUAAAACUCCUAAUGUCGCAAAUCGACAGCCACAACGAGAGGUUAUCCAACGAAAUGACAAUCGACGGACUCGAACAGAACGAACCUCUCAUAUCAACGGAAUUCACGCUCGCCAUCAAACAGAAAGUUUCCGGAAUAUUCGACAAGUGGGAUCUGAAGGUGACGCCGUACCUGAGGAAGUAUCUCGGAAUGCCGAGUAGCAGGAAGAUAAGUGCGUGUGAGAAUGACGUUAAGAAGAUACUGAGCGCUUAUUUGGUGUAUAAUGACCUGCCU